GCAAUGAAGUUGUGUCGAACGUAUUGCGUCACGGGCCUUGCUACUCACGAUGUCGUGAUGGCGGCGGGGAUACGGCCCGUGCUGCCAGAUGUGUAGUCAGAUAAGAACUUCUCAGCCACGGAGGGAAGCUGGAUUGGGAGCACAUUGAUAGAUAGCGCCGUGACAUCUCAGUAGCACAAGGCCCUUCCAGCUUAAGCUAAAGCCAUGGUUUAUAAGCCAAUGAUGUGAGCUGCCGCAUGACCUCGUCACCUUCCCUGAUGCUAAAACUGAGUCUGGAAGAAGAGCAUGCCGGCCAGAACCCAGCUGUUGGUACACGUGCUCAGCCUGCUCAAGGGGAAGUCUUCACCGCCACAUGUAGUGGGAGCGUGAAGGCAAUCACAAGGCAACCAAUUCUUUGUCCACAAAUGGGCUUGCGGCCGGGACAGCAGGUUGAAACGGAGCACGACAUGCAGGUCAGAGCAGUUUCUCCUAGGGGAGUCGACCCGGUGGGUGGCACAAGCUCACUUCCCCUUCUCGCUGCAUUGGCGAUAACCCAGCGUCUGCAGGGUUGAUGGGGCGCUCCUUGGGUCAAGUGCGAUACAGGGACCCAAACAUCAUGCACGUUGCUGCA